UGUUUUUAAACGAAGAAGCGAGCAGUACUAACGCAACACAACAGCGACAUCUUCGGUUUAUUCGCGGUGUUUACAGCAGAAUCUUUCAGCUGCAGCUCACGUUUACCGUCGGAACUUUUCAGUGUGACACACAAUAACAAAAAAGCGCCAUCAGCAGUGUGCGUGGACUGUUGUGUUGUCCCAUCUUAGCGGACUAUUUCAGUGUUUCAGCAAAAAUGUCUUCAGUUCAGCGUUUGAGAGAGUUUAUCAGCGAGCGACUAACUGCUGCUGCUGAAGAAAUAUUCACAGAGUUUGAAAAAACCAUCGUUCAGUACGAAGAAGAGAUCGAUCGUCAGCGCAGACUGCUGGAUAUCACCUGGAAUCCUCAAGUAAACCUAUAUACUAAAGACCUCCCACAACAACUUGUGUGUAAAGAAGAGGAUGUUCUCACUGACCAGCAACUCUCCAACCGGGAGAGGAACUCCAGUGUGGACCAGGAGAGGGCAGCACUUCCACAGAUUAAAAUGGAACAGGAGAAACUCAGCACUUCUCAAGAAAUAGAGGAGGUUCUGAAGGAGGAGGGAAAUAACAUUAUGGUAACUUCCACUUUUGAGGACGUCUCUGAGCAAGAAACUAGCUGUGACCAGCUUUACUGUCUCUCAACUCAGAGCCAAACUCAGGAAGGAAGAGCGCCUGCAGACUCAGGAUCAGCUGCUGAUUUGGAGAUUAACCCAGUGAAAAGCUGUCACAGAAACAGAAGUCAGAGUAACAACAUGGCCAACGCCACCACAGAAACUCAGUUUGAACCUGACAUAAGUACCAAGCAAGGACAAUGUGAUAUUUGUGGAAAAGGCUUUAGGUACAAGUACAGUUUAGAGCAGCAUUACAGAAUCCACACAGGCGUGAAGCCGUUUAAGUGUAAAAUAUGUGGGAAAGGUUUCACCCAAAAUGGUAAUAUGCAGUCCCACAUGAGAACUCACACAGGGGAGAAGUUGUAUUCUUGUGGAACAUGUGGGAAAAGAUUUGCUUACACCUGUAAUUUAAAUGUCCACAGGAGAACCCACACGGGUGAAAAAUUAUAUUCAUGUAAAGUAUGUGGGAAAAGUUUCACUCAGAAUAGUAAUCUGUUGUCCCACAUGAGAAGUCACACUGGUGAGAAGCCUUUCUUAUGUGGAACAUGCGGGAAAACAUUCAGUCUUAAAAAUAGUUUGUUGGUCCACGUGAGAAUCCACACGGGCGAGAAACCUUAUUCAUGCCGCGCAUGUGGGAAGAAUUUCAGUCAAAGGAGUAAUUUGAUGGCUCAUAUGAGAACACACACGUGAGAAGUUGUAUUCCUGAGAAACUUGGAAACUUGUAAUUUGAAUUUCACAGCUGUUACCUUUUUAUAUUUGAUUUAUUUCUAAUAAUAAAGUGAACU